AGUCUUUUGCCAAAUACUGCACAGUUCGCAGCUUUGAAAGAUUCCGCAACAAAAAGCCGCGUGUUUUUGCUUAAACUCCUUUUUUUUGGUGGAUAUUUGGUGCUAAAAGCUCGAGGAAACUCACCAAAAAAUUUAACCAGGAAGUACCACCCCCACCGCCUGCCCACAAGAGACUUCCGGAAGAAUCAUGGUGUUCGACAGGAUUGUUAUCCAGUUCAUGGACAGCUUUGUGUGGUGCUUCCUUCUCCUUGUUAGUGCAAAUUGCAUGAUUAGAAUCACAACGGCCCACCAUGAGAAGGUUGAGGUCAGCACGGAGGUGAGCCCGGAAGUUGCAGCAGCAGCAGCAGAUGAAGAAGCCACCACAGCAGAGGUGGUGAAGGAGAAAAUUGUUGCAACUCCCGCCUCGAAGGACCUCCCAAUUGUCAAGGAGACACCACAGAGUAGAUCACAGAGGCUCGAUUUGUUGGAUAAUAUUUUCAAUGCAAGAUAUUUUCGUGUGCAUCACAUCCCAAUUGCCACCCUGAGGGCUGUAAAUGAGCUUGUUCAGAGCAUAGCAUCGAAUCUCCAUACAGCUGGUGCUCACUUUGAUCCCAGAUCAGCGAAGGAUUCUCCCGCAAGGACGCCGGAAAAAUCAAAUCAAUGA